CAAAAGAUGGCUGUAAAUAGUUUUCAUUAAUGAAAUGAAUACUGCAUUAGUCAAUUAUUGUACUUAGGGGAAAAAAAGACAAAGUUCUCAGACAAAAUGUUCCAGAAUAUAGUGAAACUGGAUCACCUAAAGGCUGCUGGUGUAGUGCAGUUAUUCAGCUAAAGGGGUGGACAUCAUUACUGACAUUGGACUUGUCAAACAAGUAAUAAUAUUAAAAUACAAAUUCCAGAUAAAUGAGUCAUUGCCAGUGCCCAGCAUGGUAUAUGCCGGGUCACUGCUGGUGGCAUAACCUUGCUCAGCAGAACACAGCCAUCAUUACUUGGUAUUAGUUCUAUCUGUGCUCUGACAAACAUUUACAUCAGUCACCAAAACACAGUUCACUGUCCCUCUCCUUCAGAGGUGCUGAAUUAAUUGAAAUGAUUCUGUCUUGUCUCUGGUUCACAGCCAGCCUCUCCCCCUGCCACUGCUGAACACCUCAUCACAAUGCCUCAUCGCAACUGCUCUGUUGAGAUUAACAACACCUCUAGCUGCUACAUUCUGGCCAACCCAAGGGUGUUCACUGAGAGUGGCUGCUGUGAGGUCCCUCUGCCACCCAUGGUGGGUCCCUGCUCCGCUGCCACUGCACUGUUCAACAAGACCACCGGUGCUGCAACCGGUGCAGUUGGUGUCUUCACCUACGACCUUUUCAAUGCUGACCUGAAUGACUACAGCCACAUCAUGGCUGUAAUGUUCUCCGUGCCCUACGACCGAAAUCUCUACUCCAACUGGUUCGCUGUGGGGAUCUUUGACAGAGGAAAUGACUGCGACUACAAUUUGUAUGAUAUUAUGUAUAAUGGAAGUGAAAACAAUUUUGUAAGAGCAAAAGCUGAUGGCUCCUGCAUUUCUUAUGAGGGAGAUUAUGUUAUUGUCAGUGCCUCCAUGUCAGACUCAGGUGAAGCUGUCCUGAGGGUGGAUGUCAAUGACACUGGCAUGUAUUAAGUCAAAAGAACGAAGAUCCAACUGUUGUUAUGUAAGCCAUAUCAGAUGAUCACAGUAACUUUAAUAAAAUAUCACAUAAGUUGUGUGCAUUAACCAAAAAUACUUACAAUAUGUGUGGAAAUGACUGUACACUAGAAAUUGGCUUUAAUAAGCUGAUGCCUCACAAAUAAAAAACAAGACUGGUAUGUAUGCGUCAAGUCAUGUCCUCUUUGCAUUUGUCCAUUAUUGAUGAAAUUCAGCCAUGUAGAAAUUGUAUUUGUCUAAAAUUCUUACAAUCAGAGUUAAUGCAGAUUUCUUUCAGCUGAUUAGACCUUUAGUGUGUUCUGUGAGACCCAGAUGAUGCAGAGCUGUUUCUGGACAUUUUUUAAUAUUAAUAUUUAUAUUAAUUAAAAUUCAUUAACUUGGUUUAGGUCUAGCUCCACAAUAACAAAACAUAAUCUGCCUCACAGCUUUCUUUAGAGGAACUCCUACAAUGUUUGGACAAUGUCCAAGCAUUUGACAGAGGAUGUGAGCAUGGAUCCUGCUGUAGCAGGAACAUCUGGAUGGGAUCUGGAUUAGACUCUCCACAACCCCAACUUUAAAAAAGUUUUACACUAAAUGUGAUGCAACAUGAUGGAACAGGACAAUUGUCUGAGAUGACUGAUCUGAAUUUCAUGAAGU